AUGGGAGACAAUAUGACCUCUGUCACAGAGUUCAUCCUGCUGGGAUUUUCUCUUGACCCAAGGAUUCAACUGUUCCUCUUUGGGCCCUUCUCCCUGUGCUAUGCCUUCACCCUGCUGGGGAAUGGGGUCAUCCUGGGGCUCAUCUCAUUGGACUCCAGACUGCACACUCCCAUGUACUUCUUCCUCUCACACCUGGCCAUUGUUGACAUAGCUUACUCCUGCAACACGGUGCCCCAGAUGCUGAUAAACCUCCUGAGUCCAACCAAGCCCAUCUCCUUCACUGGCUGCAUGACACAGACCUUUCUCUUUUUGAGUUUCGCUCACACCGAAUGUCUUCUCCUGGUGGUGAUGUCCUAUGAUCGGUACGUGGCCAUCUGCCACCCCCUCCGAUAUUCUGCCAUCAUGAGCUGGAGAGUUUGCAUUACCCUGGUAGUGAUUCCCUGGGCCAUUGGAGUCCUUCUGUCUUUGAUUCAUCUAGUGUUACUUUUACCCUUACCUUUCUGUAUAUCCCAGAAAAUCAAUCACUUUUUCUGUGAAAUCAUGGCUGUACUCAAACUCGCUUGUGCAGAUACCCACAUUAAUGAAAAUGUGGUAUUGGCUGGAGCAAUUUCUGUGCUACUGGGACCAUUCUCCUUAAUUGUAAUCUCAUACAUGUGCAUCUUCUGUUCCAUCCUUAGGAUCCAAUCUGGGGGAGGGCAAAGAAAAGCCUUCUCCACCUGCUCAUCUCACCUCUGUGUGGUUGGGCUCUUUUAUGGCACAGCCAUUAUCACCUAUGUUGGGCCCAGAUAUAGGAACCCCAAGGAGCCGAAGAAAUAUCUUCCCCUGUUUCAUAGCCUUUUCAAUCCCAUGCUCAAUCCCCUUAUCUACACUCUUAGAAAUUUGGAAGUAAAGGGUGCCUUAAAGAGAGUGCUGGGAAUAAAGAGAGCUUUAUGAAA